AUCACUCCUUGCUUUCCACCCCCAUCUUCUCAUUCCUCUCCCACUACACUCGUUCUGCUCAUAAACCGGCCAAGUAAUUGUUCAAAAGCACUAUUUGUGCCUUAAAAAAUAGUUGCACAGGGAUCGUUCAGCCAUGAAGUUCUUCAAGCAAUCCUUCUUGUACGACGAUCCCUGGUCCAUCGUCUCCCUCGCCUUUUUCCUCCGCUACCCAAACCCCUACGCCUCCCAUAUUCUUUCCUGCGACGUCAUUUCCCGCGAAUUUACAUUCUCCGGCUCUCUUCUUACCACCCGUCUCAUCCUCAAACGUGGAGCCUUACCUCGAUGGGCACCCAAAGGAAUUAUUUCGAGGGCGGAGAGCUGGGUGAUCGAGGAGAGCGAGGUGGAUCCGGAGGGAAAGGUGGUCAGGUGUAGAACGAGGAAUUUGGACCAUGUCAAGGUUAUGCAGGUGCAGGAGACCCAAGUGUUUAAACAGACGGAGGAGGGGAAAACUCAGCAGACGACUGAAGCGAGCAUCGUUUCUGGAUUUGGCUGGGGCCUCACCAAAAGUAUUGAGAACCACGGUUUGGCUCGCUUCAAAGCUAAUCUGCAGCGCUCACGCGAAGGCGUCUCUCUUAUCCUCGACUUCAUUCGCAAAGCUCGGUUGCAGCCCAUGACCAUGGGUGGAGUGGGUUCAGGAAUGUCCUAUCUCAGUCCAACAUUCGGUGACAGACUGGCGGCGACGCAUCGCGUUCCGGAAUACGACCCUGACAAUGUCUCAAGAAGCCCGUCACCUUCGGCAUCGGGGAGCAGACAAGACGACAUCACGAGUGAGGGCGAAGGCGAAGGACAGCCCGCUGCGUCGUAUUCGUCGUGGUUCCGGUAGAACUAUAACAAGUUUUGUUCUCGUUCAUUUCAUUUUCCGCCAUUUUGGUUCAUUUGCAUCGUAUCAUAGUUUCCCAUGUUCGCAUUCUCAAUCCGUAUUCGUGCGCAUCGCUCUGUGAACGGUUAUAGCGAUGUUGCUGUGUUUAUUCUAAUUAUUUGCUUUCAUUUCACCCUCUCUCGUCCCUCGUCCCAUGUCCGAUCUCGCUCCCGUAUUCGUUCGCGCGUGUCGUUCCGCCGUUUCGUGUCCAUUCCCUCGAUGUCGCUUUCGGUUGUAUUUGUAUCGGUUGUUUCGGUACUUCUAUGGGCUACUAGUGUUCCUUGUCACCACAUACGCAACUUGGCUACAAAACUGCAUUCAAUAAACCCGCACAAACCCC